AUGGCAGCCAGAAACGCGGACUCGAUGACCAAUGCCCAGGGCGAGUUCCAUCCCAGACAGCCCCGUGCAGAGCCCAUGGAGAAGCACGGACACCAAAUGGGCCAAAAGACGUCACCCAACGACUACGCUCCCGAAUUCUCGGCCAAAACCCUCCCACCAGGGACCGCUCCUAAAGAAUCAACCUUCCAACCGAACGCCACAUCUGAGAUCCCGGGUCAACAGUUCAACGACAACGUCGACCGCUCUCACGGGAAAGAAGGCGUCCGCACAGAUCCCCUCAGCACCCUCCCCGGCGCCACAUCCGCCGAUGUACAUACUGGCCUAGGCCACCCAGGCCAAGGUCAAACAAGCACCGAACUACGCCACGAAGGCCACCACACCGCGUCGAAAGCCACUUCGGGCCCCGAGGGCGCCGGUGCUACCGGUGGCAGCGGCCUCCACAACCCUGAUGACUUGAACCGGGAAUUCCGCCGGUUACAGGACGAUAGCACCCAUCCCACAGGCCCGAUCAAGGAACAUAACCAGACCUUGGCCGGCGCGGAAGAGAAAGAGCCCAUGAGCGCAGAGUUUGUGGCGAGCGAGGGAGGCAAGGCGGGUGAGUACGCCAAGGGAUCCGGGUCGAGAAACGCGACGACAGGGGCGUCGAAUAGGGGAGCCGCUGCGCCAAGGGAGUAA